AUGGCAGAAGUUAAUCGGGACGAGAGUUGCUUCAGCUCGAUCUGCGCUGCUUUAGCGGUUGUCAUUACCGCUCUGCCACCCCGUCUGGCUGCCACCUAUCCUCCUGUCCCUCAUCUUCCCUCCCUCAAUCACCCUCCCCCAAUUCCUCCAACCCCUUCCGCUUUCUCCCCUCCCGCCACGCUCCCUCCCCCACGCUCUCCCCCAUUCGCUCCUCCCCACACGCUCUCCCUGCUCGCCCUGCUGUUGUUCCAUGCUGGCAGCAUAACCAUAUCCAACCGCCAGGUGGAUUCACCAAUAGCAGUCGUCAUCACACAGCUCUGCCACCCCGUCUGGCUGCCACCUGUCCUCCUCUCCGCCGUCGUCUACCCCGGUGAGGUGGCGCGCCACGUGGGCGCCGCCCUGCUGGACGGUGACGUGGCGGCGGCGAUGCGCCUGCCAGCGUGGCAAUCCGUGCUGGAGCAGUACGAGAGGCCGUUUGACGGCCCCCAGGAUCCCACUGACCCGGGCCUGCCACUACUGCGCCUCGAGCUGGUGGUGGGCAGUUAUUUCGCGGUGGGAGGAGCCAUAGCAGCGCAGUUCAGAGCCGCCCGCAUGCCGCUGCUGGGCUUCCUGCUGCUGCUGUGGGGGCUGCUGCGCCCCAUAUUGCUCCCUCACACCUACCCCGACCCCUCCAAGGUGCAACCACCGUCCAUCCAGCCCGCCUUUCUCAUCGGCUUGACGCUUGCUUUCUUCUGCCUGCCCGGUGAGGGGGGCAGCCCGAAGAAAAAACUAAAGCAGGCGACGAUCAAGGCUGGCUCAGAUGCUGCCAAGGCGGAAAAGAAAACAAACUGA